AUUCUCAACCCAGCGAUUACGAGCCUUUUCUGUCAUGCACUGUCACAUGCAGGUGCCGAGGGACCGUUAAGCAACAUGAAAGCCACUUUCGUUCAUGCACCGACUAGGCCUUUGUCAGUUUAUGAUGUGACGGUGAGGUUUUAAGGUGGCACCAUGGCUGCGAUGAUACCACCAGUAAAACUAAAAUGGUUGGAGCACCUCAACAGCUCCUGGAUCGCUGAGGACAGCGAGUCCAUCUCCACCCGUGAAGGCGUAGCUCUUCUCUAUGGCAAGCUGCUGGCCAAUAAGGAGGUGGUUCUUCUCCCUCAGCAGGUGCUAUGUCUGAAGGGCCCUCAGCUGCCGGACUUUGAGCGAGAGUGUCUGUCCAGCGACGAACAGGAGCAUUAUCUUGAUGCGCUGCUGGCCAGUCAGCUUGCUCUGGCCAAGACGGUGUGCUCUGAUUCGCCCUUUGCCACUGCCCUACGCAAACGUCUGCUUGUGCUGCAGCGGGUUUUUUAUGCACUUUCCAACAAAUACCAUGACAAGGGCAAGGUCAAACAGCAACAGCACUCGACUGAAAACACUCUGGGUUCUGCGGACUUACAAGCAGUUAGCGAGCGGCCGCGCUCUAGUACAGACGCCCUCAUUGAGAUGGGCGUGCGAACGGGUCUUAGUUUGCUUUUUGCUUUGCUCAGGCAGAGCUGGACGCUUCCUCCGGCCGGUCCAGGGAUCAACCUCUGCAAUGAUGUCAUCACC